AAAAUAAUCGACGAAAAAUUUAAAGGAAGAAAGAAAGAAACUACGCAGAGAGAGAGAGGAGAGGGGUGGAAAGAAAGACCAAAGCAGAGCGAUGAUCUGAGUCUGAGGAAAGCUCCAAUUCCCUCCACUUCCUCCUCUUUCUCCUCCUUCGUCUUCAACCCAGAAACCCUACAAUUCCCAAUUCCACAGAUUACAUACACCUAUACAUUCACAAACACGAACACUGUUUUUUGUUUAAUUUCAUUCGAUUUGUAUCACACACAUUGCAAUUUCCCCUUCGUCCAACAUGUCUAUCAACAUGAAAACCCUAACCCAAGCCCUGGCCAAGACCGCUGCGGUCAUCGAGAAGACCGUACAGACCACGGUCCAGGAAGUCGCCGGACCCAAACCUCUCCAGGACUACGAGCUCUUCGAUCAGAUCGGGUCGGCCGGACCGGGUCUGGUCUGGAAGCUGUACUCGGCCAAGGCUGCUCGUGAGUCCAACCGGGCGCACCAGUACCCCACGGUCUGCGUCUGGGUUUUGGAUAAGAAGGCUUUGUCGGAGGCCCGCGUGCGUGCCGGGUUAUCCAAGGCGGCGGAAGAUGCGUUUUUGGAGAUCAUUCGGGCCGAUGCAUCGAGGCUGGUGAGGCUGAGGCAUCCCGGGGUUGUGCACGUGGUUCAGGCGUUGGAUGAGAACAAGAAUGCCAUGGCAAUGGUCACGGAGCCGUUGUUUGCCUCGGUGGCCAAUACGCUUGGGAAUGUGGAGAAUGUGGCUAAGGUGCCUAAGGAGCUUAAAGGAAUGGAAAUGGGUUUGUUGGAGGUGAAGCAUGGUUUGCUCCAGAUAGCAGAAUCCUUGGACUUUCUCCAUAACAAUGCGUGUCUUAUUCAUCGGGCUAUAUCACCUGAGAAUGUCUUUAUUACAUCAAGUGGAGCGUGGAAACUUGGUGGAUUUGGUUUUGCAAUCUCAACAGAUCAGGCCUCAGGCAAUAUGGCUAAUGUUCAGGCAUUCCAUUAUGCUGAGUAUGAUGGUGAGGACUCUGUACUCCCCCUUCAGCCAUCGUUGAAUUACACUGCUCCUGAACUUGCUAGGAGCAAAGAAUCUUCAACUGGAUGUUCUUCUGAUAUUUUCAGCUUUGGAUGUCUUGCCUACCACUUGAUUUCACACAAGCCUUUGCUUGACUGCCACAACAAUGUCAAGAUGUAUAUGAAUACCUUAAGUUACUUAUCUAGUGAAGCCUUUUCCUCUAUUCCUCCGGAGUUAGUUCCUGACUUACAAAGGAUGCUUUCUACAAAUGAGGCUUUCAGGCCAACAGCAAUGGAUUUUACAGGUUCUCCAUUUUUCCGGGAUGACACUAGGUUGCGUGCUCUUCGCUUUCUCGACCACAUGCUUGAAAGAGAUAACAUGCAGAAGUCUGAAUUCCUGAAGGCAUUAUAUGAUAUGUGGAAAGAUUUUGACUCUCGUGUAUUGCGCUAUAAGGUACUGCCGCCGCUUUGUGCAGAACUCAGGAAUUUGGUUAUGCAGCCAAUGAUUCUGCCCAUGGUUCUCACGAUUGCGGAGUCUCAGGAUAAGAAUGACUUUGAGCUAUCAACGUUGCCAGCUCUUGUUCCUGUGCUGAGUACUGCUGUGGGUGACACAUUAUUGCUGCUUUUGAAGCAUGCAGAACUCAUAAUCAACAAGACUAUGCAAGAGCACUUGAUAUCACAUGUCCUGCCCAUGAUCGUUCGAGCAUAUGGUGAUACUGAUGCUCGCAUACAGGAGGAGGUUUUGAAAAAGUCUUCUUUCCUUGCUAAGAAACUUGAUGCUCAGCUAGUGAAACAAGCUAUUCUGCCUCGUAUUCAUGGCUUAGCUCUCAAAACAACUGUUGCAGCGGUGAGAGUCAAUGCUUUGCUUUGUCUAGGAGAUUUGGUUCCUACACUUGAUAAGCGUGCUAUUUUGGAUAUUUUGCAAACAAUUCAGCGUUGUACAGCAGUUGAUCGUUCUGCUCCUACCCUUAUGUGUACCCUUGGGGUGUCAAACUCAGUUCUUAAGAAGCAUGGGGCGGAAUUUGUUGCAGAGCAUGUCCUCCCACUACUCACACCUCUUCUUACAGCCCCGCAAUUAAAUGUUCAGCAGUUUGCCAAAUAUAUGCUCUUUGUCAAAGAUAUUCUGAGGAAGAUAGAGGAAAAACGGGGAGUUACUGUGACGGAUUCUGGAAUCCCAGAGGGAAAACCAUCUGCAUCUGCCAAUGGGCUCCAGUCCCAAGUCCCAAGCAAAAUAAGCGGAAAUGUCGCCACCGCUGCAAACGGCAGUCCAGGAUGGGAUGAAGAUUGGGGCCCCAUUAGAAAGCAGCCUUCCAAUUCCCUCCAAAAUUCUACAAAUAGCAUUACCUCAACUUAUCCCAUUCAGGGUAUUGAACCAAUUCAAGUAACUUCUUCACAACCAAAUUCCUUGUUGCGAACUGCAGUUUCUAGUCAGCAAACACCCGUGUCAUGCCCCCCAGUUGAUAUAGAGUGGCCUCCUCGGGCAUCCUCUGGAGUUACUCCUCUUGGUGAUGCUGAGAAGCAAUCAAAUGCUGGAGCAUCAUCCAGUUCCAGUUUUGAUGACAUAGAUCCUUUCGCCAACUGGCCCCCACGGCCUAGUGGCUCAGUAAGUGGAACUGGCCCUUCCAACAAUGGUGCAAUAGAAUCGCCCAGGAACAAAUAUGGUCCCAAUUCAUUCUCAAGUACAUCAAACAGUAUGAACCUCUACAGCAACGACAAUGACAGUUGGGCCUUUGGCACCCAAAGUUCUGUUGAGCAAAUAGGACUGAAUCAAGGCAAUGCAACUUUGAAUACUGGUAGUUUGGGUAGCUCAGGUUUUGACCCCCAGAGUUCUAUUGGGUUUUUGAAACAGACUCAGUCCAUUUCAGCUUCAAGUGCUUACACAGAUAAAAAGUCCGCUGAUUUGGGAUCCAUAUUUGCUUCUGGCAACAAUGCGCAGACAGCACCUAGACUUGCUCCUCCCCCUUCAACUGCUGUAGGUCGAGGAAGAGGUAGAGGGAAGGGUGCUAGUUCAGUGUCUCGGUCCAGCCAUGCCAAAUCAGCAUCUGAAAAGCCACCCCUUUUAGACCUGCUAUAAGCUUAUAAUACAAUGUUUGUAUCUUCAUUAACGUAGGAUAAAAAAAGCAGUACAACAAAAGAUUUGUGAGUGGCCCAUGUAGAGUAUCCCUGCCAUGCCGUGUGGAGAGUGUUUUUGUAUAUGAUUUUGGGAUACUACGUCAUAUUUCUAGCGUGGCAGACAGGAGCAGCUCUCGGGGAUGGCAAGGUUUGUUAUGUAUUUGAUCUAUUGUGCUUAGUUUGUAUUUUGUUGCGAUUUGGCACCAAAUUUUGCUUUGUAAUUUGGAAGCUUCUUUUGUUUAAUUCUUCUGGAUAGUAUAUUCUUCGUUACAGGCCCAGCUUCAGUGACUGGGUUGGAAAUCAAUAAAAGAGAUUAAGGUUGUAAAUGCUAUUGGAAGGAA